UUGACUUUGGAGAUUGAUUUGCCUUGGCAACAUUCACAAAUACUGUAUCCAAAGGAAGAAAAAAGGCAAAAAAAAAAAAAAAAAAAGACACCAUAUUUUUCUGAAAUGCUUAUGCUGGAUACAUAUAGGAAUAUCAUAAUGGAGAAAUAGCAAUAUGAGAUAGAGUGAAAUGGCAGAAACUGCCGUAGCAUUUGCCUUGGGGCAAGUGUUCCAAAUCCUAAAAGAUGAGACAAACCUGUUAGGAGGCAUCCACAAAGAUUUUUCAAAUAUCAGAGAUGAACUAGAAAGCAUUCAAGCUUUCCUCAAAGAUGCAGAUAGAAAGGCUGCAGAUGAAGCAAACACCAACCAUGGAAUAAGAACAUGGGUGAAGCAGGUGAGAGAAGCAUCAUUUCGUAUAGAAGAUAUCAUUGAUGAAUACCUCAGGGUGAUUCAUGUGGUUCCCCACCUUGGAUGUGAGGCUUCAAUUUGCAAGAUUACAAGCCUGAUAAAAACAUCAAUUUCUCGCCAUCAGAUAGCUACUAAGAUUCAGGACAUUAAGUUGUCAAUUUCUGUAAUCAAGGAAAGAAGUGAAAGGUAUAAGUUUCACAAGAACCACCAUCAAGCAGCAGCACCAGAAUGGGUUCCCUUUUUAUUGAAGAAACUGAAAUUGUAGGAUUUAAAUUGCCAAGAGAUGAAUUGGUUGGUUGGCUGUUGAAGGGCACAGAAGAGCGAACAGUGAUUUCAGUGGUAGGGAUGGGAGGACUUGGAAAAACCACUCUUGCCAAGCAUGUUUUUGAUAGUGAAAAAGUAAAAGGUCACUUUGAUUAUCGUGCUUGCAUCACAGUUUCUCAAUCAUACAGUGUCAGAGGGUUAUUCAUAGAAAUGAUAAAGCAAUUUUGUAGGGAGGCAAAAGACCCUCUUCCAGAAAUGUUACACGAAAUGGACGAGAAGUCACUAAUUUCUGAAGCGAGGCAAUACUUGCAGCACAAAAGGUAUUUGAUAUUCUUUGAUGAUGUAUGGCAUGAAGAUUUUUGUGACCAAGUUGAAUUUGCCAUGCCUAAUAACAAUAGAAGUAGCAGGAUCAUAAUCACCACUAGAAUGAUGCAUGUUGCUGAGUUUUUCAAGAAAUCCUUUCCUGUUCAUAUUCUCAGCCUACAACUGUUGCCUCCAGACAAAGCAUGGGAACUCUUUUGCAAGAAGGCAUUCAGAUUUGAGCUACACGGGCAAUGUCCUGCACUGCAUGAAGGUAUGUCAAAUGAAAUUGUUAGAAAAUGCAAGGGGCUGCCUUUGGCGAUUGUAGCCAUUGGUGGUCUACUUUCAACAAAAUCAAAAACUGUCUUUGAAUGGCAAAAGGUGAAUCAAAAUCUAAACCUCGAGUUGCAGCGUAAUGCCCAUCUCACUAGUAUAACAAAGAUUUUAUCUCUCAGUUAUGAUGACCUGCCUUACUAUUUGAAACCAUGCAUUUUGUAUUUUGGAAUAUAUCCACAGGACUACUCCAUUAAUCAUAACAGGUUAACACGACAAUGGAUAGCUGAAGGGUUUGUUCAGUCUGAUGGAAGAAGAACUUCAGAGCAAAUUGCAGAUGAGUACUUAUCCGAGUUAAUUUAUAGAAGCCUGGUUCAAGUCUCAACAGUUGGCUUUGAAGGGAAAGUUAAAAGUUGUCAAGUCCAUGAUAUAUUACAUGAAAUGAUAGUAAGAAAAUUGAAGGACUUGUGUUUUUGCCAUUUUGUGCAUGGAGGUGAUGAGUCAGCCACAAGUGGAACAACUAGACGCUUAUCUGUAGACAUUAGUUCCAACAAUGUGUUGAAGAGCACUAACUACACACACAUUCGUGCUAUUCAUGUUUUUGGGAAUGGAGGACUGCUUGAGCUUUUCACGGGUCUCUUAUCUUCAAAGUCAAGGGUUUUGAAAGUACUCGACCUUCAUGGUACAUCCUUAAAUUAUAUUUCAGGUAAUUUAGGGAAUCUUUUUCACUUAAGGUACCUAAAUCUAAGGGGUACGAAAGUACAGGUUCUUCCUAAAUCUCUUGGUAAGUUGCAGAACUUAGAGACCUUGGACAUAAGAGACACAUUGGUUCAUGAGUUACCAAGUGAAAUAAACAUGCUCAAAAAGUUAAGACAUCUUCUUGCUUUCCAUCGAAACUAUGAAGCACGUUAUUCUCUCUUGGGAUUUACAACUGGUGUGCUAAUGGAAAAGGGUAUUAAAAACUUGACUUCCCUAUUAAAACUUUGCUAUGUGGAGGUAGAUCAUGGUGGGAUAGAUCUCAUCCAAGAGAUGAAAUUCUUAUGGCAAUUAAGCAAGUUAGGCUUAAGGCGUGUUCGGAGGGAAUAUGGGAAUGCAAUAUGUGCUUCCGUGGUAGAGAUGAAACACCUUGAAUCACUUGAUAUCACUGCAAUAGGUGAGGAUGAAAUCAUUGACUUGAACCCUAUAUCAUCCCUACCCCAACUUCGACGACUUAAAUUGAAAACAAGAUUGGAGAAGAUGCCUAAUUGGAUUUCAAAACUUGAGUUUCUUGUUGAGAUAAGACUGGGUUUAUGCAAUUUGAAAGAUGAUCUUUUAAGAUCGCUAGAAAACUUGCCAAAUUUGUUGAAGCUUGGUAUUUGGGACAAUGCCUAUGGUGGUGAAAUUUUGCAUUUUCAAAGUGGAGGGUUUCCAAAAUUGAAGGAACUGUAUCUAGCUCGCUUGAAUAGAGUAAAUUCUGUAUUAAUAGAUAAAGGAAGUUUGCUUUCUCUUGAAUAUUUUAUAAUUGCCAAAAUCCCCCAUCUCAAGAAGCUAUCCUCAGGCAUCAAAGCCUUGGAUAACCUUAAAGUUAUUGACUUCCAAGAUAUGUCAACUGAGCUUGUUGAGAGCAUUGAUCCAAAAAAAGGUCAAGAUUAUGAGAUCAUCAAUCAUGUUCCCCAAGUACUCAUCCGUCAUUGGAUUGGCCCAAAACUCUAUGAUUUUGACAUCCGCUCUAUUCACUAGUCCUCCAAGGAAUCUUAAACAAACUGAUAAUGCUUUGAUGUCUAAUAUAAAGGUCUUUUAUGUGAGUUGAUGUAUCUUAGAGAUGCAAUGUUCUCCAUAAAAAAUGCUUCAUUUGUGUUGUUUUGAUUUUCAAGUUUCUGUCAAGUUGAAUUUCUUAGCAAGUUGAAUAAGGUUGUGGGAGCUGCUCUAUAAAGCUUGUACUGAACACUUCAUUUGAAUGGACAUUUUCAUUUUCAUAAUAAAGACAAAUGUAAUUUCUGUACUAUUAUUGGACUUGUUGUGAUGAUGGAACCUAGUACUGUUGCUUGCCAAUUAUUUUGCUGUAUUCUAAACUUUAGUCUGCCUUCUCUUGGUUUUGGAAUGCACAUGUGACUUUUUUUUCUUUUUCUUUUUUCUUCAUUGUAGAUUUACUCUUUGAAGUUUGUAAUGAAGAUUUCUUGCUUCUUUCCACUAUAAA